AUGUCACUAAUAACCAUCGGGUCCACUUCUGAAAGUGAUGGUGUUACUUACUAUGAUGUCAACAUCACAUUGCCAUUGAGGGCUCUCACAGUCUCGAAAAGAUACUCUGACUUUGGCAAUUUGCUCAAACUGUUGUGUGAGGACUUGGGGAUAUCCCUGGGAGAGUUUCCAUACCAACUUCCUCCAAAAGGGUCCUUUUUCACAAGCAAGGCUAAGCUUGUCAACGAAAGAAGAUUCAGCUUGUCUGAGUUCUUGAAUAGUGUCGUUCGUGACAGAGACCUCCAGAACAGACCAGCUGUCCACAGUUUUCUCCAGUUGCCUUCAAACUUCAAGUUCACCCCUGCCAUGUUUGAGGAAGAAGGCAUCAGUGACUCCAAAUUCCUAAUUGAUGAAUUGCCCGAGGAGAUCGAUAACAGCCAGUGGCUCAAGUACCUACGUCAGGUUAAAUCUGCACUCGCUGAGCUCCCCAGAGGAGGCGAUAUAGCCUCGAGAUCGGCAGCCAGAGAGCAUGUCAACAAGUACAUUCAACCCAAUAUUCAGAAAUUGGCCUCGGCUCUCUCGCUGCUCAAUCUGAGUGGCGCCAUUGACUCGUCUCAGUUCAGCCAGAGGACUUCCUCACUCAGGGAACUCCUGAAUGAAACUGAGAGGUUGAUUUUUAAAAGAGAUGUGGCGGCCAAGAAGGAUGACUCUCCUCAUUACGCUUUCAGUAAGAAGCAAAAGGAUCCUGCGAAGGAAACCAGCUCCACGGCUGAUUUGGAUAAUAGUCAGCUUCUCCAACAACAGCAGCAGAUCCAUAAAGACCAGGAUCAGGAGGUCGAGCAGCUCAGGAAAAUAAUCGCUCGUCAGCGAGAGAUUGGAGAGACGAUAGGCAGAGAGGUUGAGGAGCAAAGCGAGAUGCUCGAUCGCUUCAACGACGAAGUUGAUGCAUCAUCGGACAAGAUGAAGGAUGCCAGAGCUAGGGCGAAGAAAGUCACCUCUUGA